CCGAGUCGUGGAUAUCGCGGUAUUUAUUUUUCAAAGGUUGCGAAAAUCGCGCCGCUUCAAGUGAUACUUGGGCGAUGCCUUUCUGAUCCACUAUGAACACUACUGCAGUCGCUCACAGCCCUCUCGGGGCUCUGCAUGAGCAAAUGCAAUGUUUUGCACUUCCCUUUGGCGUUAUCGGCUUCGUCAUGCACCUUCUAGCCAAUUGGAUGCUCUUCUACCUCAUCUGUGAUGAAUCGAUUUGGAGAGGUGACACGAUUAAAUAUCCUUUGAUGAACUUCUCGAUGGGUUCCAUGGGGCUCCUCGGCGGCCUCGGUAUUUCCAUCUACAACGCCAUUCGAUGUCGCGACUCGUGGCCUCUCAUUCUGAUCAGCGUCUGGAAAGCAGGGUUUGUGAUCGCAACUAAUGGAGCCAGUAUGCUCGCGAAUUGGGCAUUGAGUAAAGGCGAGGACAAUGCAAAUGCCGUGUUUGCGCUCUUAAUGUACCCAACUACCAUCAUCAUAGGCCUCGUGGGUCUUGGAGCUAUCGCCAGAGAAGGAUGGGAAGACUAUAGAAUGAAGAUCGUCUGCGCACUCUCGAUCGUAACAUUUACUACUCUUACAAUCGGCAUGCGUUUCUUCAUCGGUCGAGAGAACCCUGGAAAACUUUCCGAGGAGUUUGGGGAAUGGACGGUCGGUUUGCUGAUGGGGAUUACUAUGAUGAGUGGAAUGGCCUGUGAUUGGAUCCUUGCGGUCGCUGCUAAUAAUCUUGAUGGUGUGCCUAGUGGUCGGGAUAUGGAGGUCAUUGCAAGUUUCGUCUUCUACUUUGUUGCUGCGUUGAUACCGGUUGGGAACGGAUGAAGUGGGUAUCAGCUAGAGGCUUCAAAAU